AUGCGUGCAGUCCUCUUGAGCGCCCUGGCCCUCGUUGCAGGCGCCUCUGCCCACAUUGGCCGACCGCGCCACGGUUGCACAGAGUCACACCUCCUGGCCAAGCGCCAGGGCGGCACCGUGGCCUCGGAGUCGCAGCUGACGAACCCGACGCAGGAAUGCACCGCCUAUUCCGUUCCCGGCAUCGACGCCAACUUCCUCAAGCUGUUUCCGCAGCCCUGGACGGUCACCCCGGCCGAGAUCCUGGCAGGCGACAACGAGGCGCUGCAGUACAUGCAGGGGAUCAACGCCUCGGGCGUCAUUCCAACGUCGAUUGGAGUGCGUGGGGCGCAGAACGAGCAGGCAUGGGCCGGGGCAGGCCUGGCGGGCACCUACGACAUUCCCGGUGAUCCCGACUGCUGGUGGACAGACAAGGGCUGCACGACGCCCAAGCACCCAAAUCUCAUUGCCGACGUCGAGACAUGCCCUGAGCCAGAGACGUGGGGCUAUUCGGUCGACGAUGGCCCCAACUGCACACAGAAUGCGCUCUACGACUUUUGGAAGCAGCAGAACCAAAAGGUGUCACUCAUGUUCAUUGGCUCCAACGUCGUCAACUGGCCGCUCCAGGCCCAGCGCGCCAUCACCGACGGCCAUCACGUAUGCGCCCAUACGUGGUCGCACAAGUACAUGACCAGCUUGACGACUGACCAAGCGUUUGCUGAACUGUGGUACACCAUCAAGGCCAUCAAAUACGUCAUGGGCAUCACGCCCACCUGCUGGCGACCGCCGUACGGCGAUGUCGACGACCGGAUCCGCGGCAUCGCCCAGGGCUUGGGCCUGCGCACCAUCAUGUGGUCGCACGACACCAACGACUACAACAUUCAGCCGUACGGCGCGCAGCCCACGGCAUCGAUCCAGGCCAACUACCAAAGCAUCGAGGCGGUGGGCUCGUCGCCUGCCGCUGCUACGGGCGGCAUCAUCGUCCUGCAGCACGAGCUUGAGGACGCGGUCAUGAGCUUAGCCAUCGCAGAAUACCCCAACAUCAAAAAGAACUUUAAGAGCAUCGUCCCUGUCAACACCUGCCUCAACAUCACCAAGCCCUACUACGAGGACUACACCUUUCCCGACUUUGAAGACUACGUCGGCGGAAAGAUCGACCCGAGCCCCAGCGGACAGAGCAGCAUCGCGAUUGGUUCGACGAGCUAUACCAUCACCCCGCUGACCUAUGCGGCCUCGUCCUCUGCUGCUGGCUCUGUUGGCACGGCGGCGGCCGCCGGUGGCAGCUCUUCUGCUGCCACGUCGGCCUUUUCUGCCCCGACGGCGCCCGGCGCCACGCCUGUAAACACAGCGGGUGCCGCUGCGGCGACUGUCAUCUCGUCGCAGCAGGCUGGCAGCUCGUCCAAGUCGUCGGGCGCCGCCGUAACGCUCGUGCCUGGCCUUUUUGUCUUUGUAGCGGCCCUUGUCGGCGCUGCGCUCUGCUGA